AUGGCUUCUUUGCAAGACUAUAUAUCCCAACUUAAUCUGAUUACUGAAAAACUGACUAAAGAAGAAUUUUCUGAUAAAAUCAAAGGAAGCUUGUUUGGAAUGGCCAUCGGUGAUGCUCUUGGAGCAAGAACUGAAUUUGUGAGCAAAGAAAAAUGUAUUGAAUUUUGACAAAAUAAGCCAUUGAGUAUGCUAGGAUGGGAAUGUUCAAUGCCUAAUUGAGAAGAAGGAGACUGAUCAGAUGAUACAGACCAGACUUUGCUAAUUAUUUUGAGUUGGCUUGCUUUAGAAAGAGUUGAUGAUACUGAUUUUGGUGCUAGGCUGAAGCAUUGGCUAGAUCAUGGGUUUGAAGAGCUUGGGGAUACAGGAGGAUGUGGAGUGGGUGCUGUGACUCAAGAGGUAAUAUCGCAUGAGAAAUUUUUAGAGAGUCCUUGAAUUGCUGCUUUAGAAAGUUUUUGUGAAGUGAAUUAGGUUAGGAUUAUUCAAAGUCAGGGGUUAGCCAUAUUGGUGACGCAAUUACCAAAGAACUCCAGUAUGGGAGGUUCAGCCGCUAUUCAACUCGGUUUUUGUGAAGAGAAAUUGCAAUUUAGCAAGAACUGGAGCUAUAAUGAGAACACAUGGGCUUGGGAUGAUUGAUUAUGAGGACCUUGGAGCAGUAGUUAGAAGUGCAAUUUUGAUGGCCAAGGCGACACAUAGUGAUCCUAGAAGUGUUGGGUCUGCUGUAGCUGUGUCAGUUUCAAUUUCAUUGAUGCUAAAAGGGCUUAGAAAUAUAGAGCAAGUCCUUGAUAUAGCAUAUGAAAUUACCAGAAGAGCCAUGGAGGAUUACUUAAAUCAAUUAGAUACCAUGACUUCUUCAAUAGCUGCAGAGCUUCAAAAUAUUUAUCUUCAGCAAAAACCUAACAUAAUUUUAAGCUCUAACCCAGAAAUCCUCAGAAAAUACAUCAGACCAUCAAUUGAAAAUGACCUUAUUCCUCUCGAAGAAGAAGGUGAUGGAUACACUUAUAAAUGCAUGGGAGUUGGUUUUUGAGGAUUAUCUCAAAAUGAUUACUCCACCAUGAUUAGACGCGUCAUUACCGAAGGGGGAGAUGCAGAUACAAAUGCAGCUGUAGCUGGCUCUCUUCUAGGCUGCCGAAUCGGCUACUCUCAGCUUCCCCAAUCCCUUAUCCUCCAACUAAAGCACCGAGUUUGGCUAGAAAACAUAGCAGACCAUCUGAUUAAUAAAAUUUAUCACUAA